AUGGCGGCCCGGCUUCGUCCGGAGUGCCGCAGGCUCCUCGGCUCGCGCCAGCAUGCUGUUUGCGCUUUCUAUUUGAGAAACGUGAUUUGCGACUGUGGCGCUGACGCUUCAUACACUCUACGAGCAGCACAUGUGGAGACCCAGCGUUCAAGCAACACAGAGGGCAGUGCCUAUUCAGCAGCAGUCACUCAGGGCUAUGUUUUACCAGAAGGAAAAAUCAUGCCCAACACAGUCUUUGUUGGUGGGAUUGACUUAAGGAUGAAUGAAGCAGAAAUUCGGAGUGUCUUUGAACAGUAUGGUACUGUGAAGGAGGUGAAGGUCAUCACCGACAGAAGUGGUGUUUCGAAGGGGUAUGGAUUUGUGUCUUUCCUGGACAAUGUGGAUGUUCAAAAGAUAGUUGAGUCACAAAUCAACUUCCAUGGUAAAAAGCUGAAACUGGGGCCAGCAAUCAGAAAACAACAAAACUCAAAGGAUUCCUGUGUGCAUCCCAGACAAAUAGUUCUUGGUCCUCCUCCAACACAGUUCCAGAGUGUAUGGGGUAAUCAGAAUAUGGAGACAUAUGUGCAGCCUCCACCUGUCAUGAACCCAGUAACACCAUAUGUUCAGCCCUAUCCAUACAGUUCAUCACCAGCUGUACUGCUAAAGCAGCAAGUUCCCAUAGGCUAUCAACCAGCUUACAACUAUCAGGCUCAACCACAGUGGUUUGCUGGGGAGCCAAGAAAUUAUGUAGUACCUCCAGCUCCGAUGUAUACUUCAGUGAACUAUCAUGGCUCUGAGGAUCCAGUAUUUAUACAGAUGGAAUGUGCUGUUCCAGAUCUCAUGCAGUUGCCUAGCAGCCCACAAAAGAAGUGUGUGGACAGGGCCAUGCAAACAGUAGUAUCCUGUCUGUCUAAUCCUGAGAACCAGCUGACAAAUGACUUUGUAUCACAAGACAGCAGUGUAAAGGAGGGUAAGACAUUCCACUUCAGAAAAGGAAAGACAGUACACAAAGCCAUUUGA